ACAAGUUUCUCUCUCUCUCCGCCAAUAAAAUAAAAAUUAGUUUUUCUGGUCGAAUAGCAAGCUGGAUGUAACUUCUUCUUAUCUAUAUGUUUACUACUGGAUAAGCCAUAAGUAUUCCCGAUUGUCAAAAUUUUCAAAGAAAGAAACAAACAAAAAACAAAAGCCGUGGUCAAUUACGUGGGAUGCUUUCAUUCCUUUUUAUUUUCUUCUUUAACCUUGUGAACUUAUCAUUCCAUUUCCAAUCUUACAUUCUUUGCUUUUAAACUGUGCCUAACUUUGAAAGUAACUAGUAUACUGAUACAAAAUCUGGGUUUCUAGUUUCUUUAUCAAUUCACACCUGUUUUCCCUUUUUUUCUUUUUCAUAAUUCCUUGACGUUAUGCGUUGUAAGCUCGAUUUAUAAGUUUCUUCUGCUAAUACACUAACUAUAAUAAUAGAUAUCUUUUAGCUGGCUACUGCUUAUAAACUUGUUAGCUGAUUAUUGGAAGAGAGAAAGUAGUGAUAUAAAAUAUAUUGAACCGUCAUGAUUGCAUGUAUCUUUCCUUCUUUUUCAUUACAUUUGCAAAAGAAAACACGAGGAAAAGACAUUACAGAGGAGUGAGGCAAAGGCCAUGGGGCAAAUGGGCAGCAGAAAUUCGUGAUCCAAAGAAAGCAGCCCGAGUGUGGCUUGGCACUUUUGACACAGCUGAAGAUGCAGCCCUUGCAUAUGAUAGAGCUGCUCUCAAGUUCAAAGGCACCAAGGCAAAGCUAAAUUUUCCUGAACGAGUCCAAGGGAAUAGGGAGGUGAGCUAUUUAACUGGCCCCGGAGAUUCAAGCACGGUCCAUUCUGCACAAAAUCCUACUCCUGUAGUUGCACCUUCAUCGUGGUCUCAGGACUCAUACCCUCACUUGUUUCAAUAUGCACAGCUGCUUUCAAGUAGUAAUGAUGCUGAUAUCUCAUAUUACACUUCCAAUCUUUUCAAUUUCAAUCAAGAAGAGCCUUUCUCUCCUCAAUUUUCUUCAAUGUCAGCAUCAUCCACCCUCUCAUCACAAUACUACCACCAAGACCUCACAAGAUUUUCAACAAAUUAUGACAGCUCCUCUGGUCCUGAUUAUCCUCACCACUAUGGGAAGGACUUCGAUCCUAGUAACAGAAGCGAGUAGACAAGUUUUGCUUCUCAAGCUCUACAUCGAGGUUCAGGAGGGCAUCCAAAAUUCUACUAUAUUUGCACCAAGCAAAGAAAUAAGAAUGCCCCCAUUCCAAGUCCCUUGCUCCCUCUCCUUAAUCUCUACAUAUGCGCUUACUGAUUUCUUCAAUUCUUAUGACAAGCAUGCAUGAUCUCAACUGGUGCCACUUUUUGUAAAAGAAUUACAUAUAUACACUGUAAUUUACAUGUAUGAAUAGGGAGUGGGAGGAUGAUUCAUAUCCCUAUCUCAGCACCAUGAUUUUCAAGUUUUAUGAUUUGUUUUGCUUCUAUUUUAAUGUCGUCUUAAUGCAUCAGAAGAAGGAAGGAGGAGAAAGACAUAAAGGUUAGCUUCCAAGUUUUUCUUGAUGUCUUUUGAUGUAAACUAGCUAGAGACGAUCAGUUUGCUUUAAUUAUUGUCACUAUUUCAAGUAAUUUAAAUAUAUAUAUAUAUUCUUAUUCUUGUGAGAAA